AGAAGGAGGGGCUUCAGCGCUGGAGUACCUCAGGCUCCUCCUGGAUGGAGCUAGAGGAGGGGCAGCAGGGAACCAGACAUCUUCCCGCUGACAUUCAGAGUCGCAUUCAGAAGUCACUGAUUCCUGCAAUGUUCAAAAGUUUGAGGAGAGUGAAGGGGUGCCACUAACCACAGGGACAGCUUCCAGGAGCUUCCUCUGAAGCCACAGGUUUUCCCUAGAGACUCGACAUGCGGUGGACGCUUCUGCUGCUGCUGCUACUAUCUCAGCCGCUGCUACCACUGCUGAUGGUGCGAAGCCAGAGCCUGGCAGGACUUUCCCAGGAGACGAUCCCCCUAUUCCGACUCACUCAUCAGGGACCCUGGGACAACCACAACAGCCACACCACCAACUCACCCUGCCAGGGGCUGCCCGCUGCGGGAGCCACAACCCUGAUCCUGGCGAACCGCAGCCUGGAGCGCUUGCCUAGCUGCCUGCCACACACACUGCGCAUCCUAGAUGGCAGCCACAACCUGCUGCGCGCCUUUGGCGGGCCUGAGUUCAGUCGCCUGCCGGAGCUGCACAUACUCAUCCUGAACCAUAACCGCAUCUCCACGCUGCACUGGGACCAAGGCGCUCCGCCCAUGCUGCAACAGCUCGACCUCAGCCACAACCUGCUGCCAGCGCUGCCCCCCUGCGCGGGGCCCUCGGUGCUCAACCUGCACUCUCUGGCCCUGGCAGGAAAUCCACUGCAGGUGCUGCAGCCACGGACCUUCGCCUGUUUUCCUGCGCUGCAGCUUCUCAACCUCUCCUGCAGCGAGCUGAGCCACAUCGCCCCGGAGGCAUUCGCUCUGGAGGACGGCGGGCCCUUGGUAGCUCUGGAGGUCUUGGACCUGAGCAGCACGCGCCUCGAGCGAGUUGAGUCUGGGUGGAUCAGAAACUUGCCACAGCUCAAGUCCCUCUACCUGAGAAAGAUGCCCAGGCUGAAGACACUGGAAGGAGAUAUUUUCAAGAUGACUCCCAACCUGCAGCAGCUGGAUUGUCGAGAGUCCCCAGCACUUACUUCUGUCCACACAGAGAUCUUUCAAGACACACCUCGUCUACAAGUCCUUCUGUUGCAGAACUGCAACUUGAGUUCCUUUGGCCCUUGGAUUGUGAAUCCCUCCCAGGUCGUGUCUGUCAGCCUCUUUGGCAACCCUCUUGCUUGCAGCUGUGAGCUGGCUUGGCUUUUCAUGGAUGCAAACAAAACUGUCUUACACAGGGCAGCAGAUACCAUGUGUGAGCCCACUUCAGGAUCCAAGGUCUCCUUCUCUGGCCCUCUCUCCCUCUUCCAGCUGUCUGAUGUGUGCAGGCCAGACCAAAGCACCACUCUCCAGACUUCAAACCCACCCCACUUUGACCAUCCAGUUUCUGCACCAUGGACACAGGGGCCUUCCAUUGGACAGAGCACGACCCUGUCUGUUCAACCUGAAGGAAGCCAACAAAAUAUCACCAAGGUCCCCUCCCACACCAUGGCUUCUCUUACACAUGGGUCAUGGAUGCAUAGUGAUACCUUAGAAGAAACUGCCCGGUCAACUACUGAUUCACUGACAAUUUACCAUCCCUCCAGGGCUCUGUCUGAUGCUGCCAGCAUAGGGACAAAGCAGAUAACCACACAUAUCCUUGAGCCCAGUAUCUCGCCUGCCUCCACCACACUGCUCAGCAAAUAUCUUGGACCCUUGCCUACUUCAUCAAACCCCAGAAGCAUAUCUCAGACCAACCAGAGGACACAAGCCACAACCAAGGCUCUCCACACACACCUUCCGCAGGAUGAGAUUCCAGUCUUACUGUUAGAUGAUGAGAGCGAGGAGGAUGAGACUCACGAUCAGGUGGUAGCACCUCACCAGGAUGUCUCUUGUGAUUACCACCCCUGCAAGCAUUUGCAGACCCCAUGUACAGAGUUGCAGAGGCGCUUCAGAUGCCGCUGCCCUGGUCUCAGUGGGGAAGAUACCAUCCCAGACCCUCCCAAGCUUCAGGGGGUUUCAGAAAUGACCGACACAUCAAUGCUCAUCCACUGGUGUGCCCCCAACUCAGUGGUACACUGGUACCAGAUCAACUAUGUGGCAGAAGGAGGAUCUGGAAACCAGUCAGUAGUGGACAUCUACGCUACAGCCCGACAGCACCCCCUGUACAAGCUGUCACCAAGUACCACCUACCAUGUGUGUGUACAGGCAGCCAACAGGGCUGGCUUUAGCCAGCAGCAGACCUCAGGCUGGAAGAGGUCAUGUGCCACCUUCACAACCAAGCCCAGCUCUGUGGUUAUCUUCUGGGGACUGUGUACCUCCAGUGGACUGUUACUAGUUAGCACCCUGGUGCUGUCUGUGUGUCUCUGGAGGCAGCGCUGGAAGCCACACAAGCAGUUCUAUGACACAGACCUGGUGGCCUUCAAAAACCCAGCCAGGACUGAGGAAAUAACUCAGUGGUAGUGACUUCCCCCAUGCACAAGGCCUUGGGUUUGCUCCCAACAUGAAAAUCAGACACAUUUAAGGCCUUGGGUUAAUAUCUAGCAAACCAAAUUAAACAACAGACCAGCAUUUGACCACCUGGGGAGGCUCCAGACUGUCAAUUAUCCCAGCUUCUUUCUUCCAAUCAAACCACAUUGACAACCUGAGUUCCACCUUCCCCAAAGCCAAUGCUUUUCACACACUCAGCACUCUACAUUACUUCCAUCUGCUCCUCCUCAGCGACUGAGGGUCAACACCAGACAGUCCUACUGGCACCUGUCAUUCUGCGUCGUCUCCUUGGGGAUUUUCAGCAGAUAGUGUCUUCCUCAGCACCCACUGGGAGAAAACAAAGCAUUGUAACAAGGAACACAACUUCUUUUGGAAAUGCCAUCCUCCAAGUUUCUUGCAUGGACGUUGCCUUGUGGCCCCUGCCUGGUGGCCAAGGAAGAGCUACUGAUUUCCUAAGGAUUUAUUAGUUGCAUUUCAGGGUGUGUCAAAGCAUGUUUUCAAGCUUUCCAGUUAAAACUGGCCUUCUGGUAACAUCUGUGAAACAGGAAAAGACUAUUUGCUUCCAGGGCUUCCUGGGUGUCACUCAAGACUCAAUAGACAAAAGUAGCAUGAACUAUAUUGCUUAGACAAGGUCUUACUGUGCUGCCCAUACUGGCUUCAAGCUUGGAAACUUCCUGCCUCUCUCUCUCUCCAAAUGCUGGGAUUACGAGAGUUUGGAGAGGAGGUAAAACUGAACCCACAAAGAGUGCUUGAAUCCAUCUCUCAUCUCCAGGACAGGCUGAAGCACAAAAGCCAUGCGGCAGAAGGCAAGCAUAUCCUAGCUGGAUAUGAAUUACUAUACACUUAGGAGUGGCUAAGUAUUCAAGCAUGUUUUCAACUCCUAAAACAUCCCUAGUUUUGUCAAAUAUAUGCUUCAAAAGUUACCAAAUCCAAAAGUAUGAAUUAGUAUUGUCCUAAGACAAGAAAUUAAACAGCCCCAGUGUUCUUAGCCUACUCUCAAGAAUGAAUCUAGCUGGGCAGUGGUAGCACAUGCCUUUAAUCCCAACAGCUCUUGAGAGAGACAGAGGUAGGCAGAUCUCUGUGAGUUCCAGGCCAGCCUGGACAGAAUAUAUUGUUUAACAAAAACUGUGAGGACAUUUGAACUAUUUUGUAAGCAUAGAAAUGGAAAAAUUGUUGACCAGAGCUAGAGCAAAACCCCUCACACUGAGGAUACUAAGGGUCAACAAUAACCACAAUAAGCAAAUAUAAUAAAGCAGAAUAAACAUCUAACUUUCUUCAGAAAUGAUUUUCCAUCGUUGUAUUUGACAUUUCUGUGCUCUUACCAUCCUGGAAGCUCCAGCCAGCAUUCCUGUUUCCACCCUCAACAGCUCCCAGUUAGAAACUGUAUGCAGAGUUGAGGCAGGGGCAACCGCCAGCCUUGCCCCGCCCUUCUCUCUUCCCUGGGAUUCUGCAGUAAGGUUUAGAAUGCUCCAAGGCCAAAGCGGCUAUAUUUGUUACUUUUCUAUUACUGUGACAAAACACAUGACCAAGGCACCUUACAGAAAUUAUUUAGCAUGUGUUUCCUGAGGGAUCAAGAAACUGUUAUGGCCAAGAAGUUGACAGCAGGUAGGUAGGCAUAGUUGGAGAUGGAAGGUGAAAGUUCAAAAAAAGAA